AUGCCCCCCGCCGCAUGCGCCACGCCGGCGGCCGCGCGCCCGCUGCUCCCCGUCCCGCGCCGCUGCCCGCCCCCGCCCCCCUCCGCCGCGCACGUGCCCGCCCGCCGCGGCGCCAGCUCCUCCUCCGCUACGGCAUGCCGCUGCACCGCGGCCUCCCGCCCCGCGGCAUCGGCGUCCGCAUGGGACUGGACCCGCUGGAGCCGGCAGUUCGUGGAGGUGGACCAGGCCGAGAGCUAUGCGUCCGUCCCCGCAGGCGUCACGCCAACGACCGGACCGAACCAACGCGCCUCCUCCUCCUCCGCCGCCGCCGCGCGCCUCCUGCGCCGCCUUCUCUCCCGCUCGCCCCCGGCGCCGGUGCUCUCCCCUCUCCCCGGACCCCUCGUCGCGCUCCUACCGCUCCUCCUCUCCUCCAGCUCGCACUCCGUGGCUGCGCGGAGCUGCGAGGUGGUGGGCGCGGCGGCGCUGCAGUCCAUGGAGGCCGGCGAGGCGCUGGCGUCCGACGGCAGGGUCGCCAGUAGCUUGGCGCGGGCGUUGGGUAGUGGUAGCCAGCGUGGUGGUGGACGAUGUGGAUCCAGUGAGAAAGCAGGUUCAAGACUGAUGCUGGAGAGCUGCAGCAGCAUCUGUAUGCCGCUGCUGAGAAGACCCAUCUGGGGGGUUGAUGCACAGCCGGAAGGUGUGGACUGCGAACGACCAUAUAAAGAAGGGGCAGGUCUUGGAUCACUAAAAUCGACGAUGAAGAUUGCUUGGUAUUCUACCAAGCAAGGAAAUGCAAUGAAGAUACCACCACCAGUCCAUCACCGUUUUUUCACAGCCGAAGGUGCCAUCUGUGGCUGCGGGGUGGUGGCGAUCUACGAUUCGGCACGCGGCGGGGUCAUCUGGGGGCUGUUCGUGUUUAGUUACAGGACUUCGUGUGCUCUUCUUCACCAGUGCCGUCUAAGAUGGUGUCCUUUGAGAUGAAUGACCUUAAGAGGUUCUGGUAGCGACGAUGACGGUCAUCGAGAGGUUCGUGGACUGGACGCUGUCGUGGAUGCCGAUGUACAGAGAAGCGAAGCUGCUGCUCGUUCUCUACCUUUGUCACCCCAGCACACGGAGUGCGGGGAGCGGGGCACGUGUACGAUGGCUUCCUCCGUCCGCUGGUGGCGAAGCACAAGGACGACAUCGGCCGGUCCGGUUGGAGCUGAGGGCUAUCCAAUGUGUUUCGUCGCAGCUGCAGGCCGCGAGAUCAGGCCUGGCAGGCGCCGCACAUUGACGAGUGGUCCAAUUUUCAGAUCGGGCCAUAACAACUUAUGUAGGUAGUUGCUUAUGUAACUACGCGAUAGAAUGAAAUUAUACAUGAGUUGCUCCUACAAGGAGGAACGUAGUUGGUUAUGUAACUGUGCGAUAGAAUGAAAUUAUACAUGAGUUGCUGCUACAACGAGGAAUUGGAGAAGACACGGCAACUGUGUGAUAGAAUGAA